GCAGAAAGGAAUCCUUCACACACUUAAUUCAUGUUUGGUAGGUACAGUGUCCAAACAUGGCUCAGCACAAGAUACUAUUAGGGAUUUUAGUUUUUAUCACAGGUCAUCUUGUCUCAGUCUCAACCAAAAGCCCACAUGUGUGCAAGACCUUUGGCAGUGGAGUCAUAAAGAAUUUCAAUAUGGAUAUGUUCCAUGUGAAAACCACAUGUGCUGUAACACUGACACACUUCUCAUAUAAGGGAGUCGAGUGUUUUAUCUCUGUGCAACGUAAUCAAAUUGGCUUCAUGACGAAAGUAAAGAUUUUGGUGAAUAACAUUGCUACUGUCAUUGAGGAUGGCAUCCUCACCGUGGAAGAAAAGAGAGCCUCUUUGCCCUAUGAAAACACCUAUCUGAGUGUGUAUUCAUUUGGCAUUUAUACCAGGCUUAGCUGCAAAGUUCUGCCACUUUCUGUCACAUGGUACAGUUUACCUGAAGGUGUCACUUCACUUUCGGUGGAACUGGACAUGGACUUAAUCCCUGGGAUGACUGGGAAAUGUGGGAGUAUGGAUAGUUCAAAAGCACAGCCCCUUGUUGAGAAUAUCCAACGUGAUAAACAAUGUUUGUUGGAAGAUUCCAUUACGGCACAUGAUAAUGGGAUUUGUCAGCGAUUUGAAAGUACUGCCAGAGAAUGUAUUGAUUUGGAUAAUUUUGUAACUCUCUGCCAACAAAAUAUGCACAAGGCACAUAUGUUACUACAAUGUGAUUUCUAUGAUGAGUUCCUUCGCCCCUGUGAGGAGGAAAACAUAAAAGCAACAAUCCCAUCAAUAACUUCAUGUGAGCCGUAUCGCUGUCCUGGAGAUUUGGAAUAUAAGGAUAAUGAUGUUGCUUUUCCUCCCACCUGCUCCAACCCCAAGCCUCAGACAGAAUUCAAAACCAGGACUUGCCUUCCUAAAGAUGGUUUGGUCCUGAACGAUCUAGCUGAAGGCUACCUCAGUAUUAAUGUGGAGAACUGUUCUUGUGUGUACAAGGAAAAAACUUAUAAUCCAGGUGAAAGCCGCAGCAGAAAGUGCCAGAAUUGUAAAUGCACUAAAGGAAAAUGGAGCUGUUCAGAAAACACCUGUGAGACUCCGUGUUCCAUUGAAGGCUGGUUUGUCAAAACUUUUGAUGGUAAAGAAUAUUCCCUUCCUGGAAAAUGUUCUUAUGUGGCUGCAAGUGGACUCAAUUGGACUGUGACGAUCACGAUUUCUGAUAUGAGAAUAGGAAAACUGAACCUUACAGUGUUUCAGGAACGUUACAUCUUCUCAUUAGACAGCGUACAACUAGGGGAAAAUGCCACUGUCACAGAUUUUUACCAGACUGAAAAUGUCACAGUCUACUGGCAGUCUUCGAUGUUUGUUAUGGUCCAGACGACUUUUGGAAUGAAGAUGCAAGUCCAAGUUUUUCCUGAAGUUCAAAUGUACUUGUAUUUACCUCAGAGUGUUACAUCCUCAGGUCUGUGUGGAUCAAAAAACAACAACACAAUAGAUGACUUCACUACAAGCAGUGGUAUUGUGGAAAAUUCAGCUCAGUCUUUUGCCCACUCAUGGUCACAGGGGAACUGCGACGCAGAUAUUCCCAAAGAAUGCAGCAACACUGACAAUAUGGUAUUUGCUGAACAUAAGUGCAGCCAGCUGACAAACAAAACUGGUGUGUUUGCCCAGUGCCAUGAAUACGUGCCCGUUAACUCUUAUUACCUGGCCUGCAUUCAGAGAACCUGCCAAGCUACCUCUGACUUAAAGGAGCGUGUGUGUGUUGGCCUGGGAAACUACGCUAAAGUCUGCGCCAGUCAGGGCAUCAUCAUUGGUGACUGGAGAGCAGAAACAGGCUGCACUCCUCUUUGUAAAGGUAAUCUGAAGUUUGAUUACACCAUGCAGGCAUGUAAUCGUACAUGCCGCUCAUUGUCUGCUCGUGACCCGACCUGUGACAUAUCAAAUGACCCAGUGGAGGGCUGCGGAUGCCCAUCUGGCACCCACCUCAACACACCACUCAUGUGCAGCUCUCUUGACCAAUGCAACUGCAACUACCCAGGUGGAUCAAAGCCUCCAGGGCCUGUGGUUAUUGAUGGACGCAAUUGCAUGUGUGCAAAUGGAAAACUUCAGUGUUCGGACGCUUGUGACUGUCCACAAGGACAAAUAUGUGUCCAUUGUGCUCAAGCACCAGAAAAAACUGCACAAAGGACAUGUGAAAGCCUGAGCAAGCCAACUAGUUCUGAUGAGAGCUGUAUCAGCGGCUGUUACUGUCCCGAAGGCCAGUAUGCAGACCAUAAUGACAAAUGUGUGACUCAGGAGAAUUGCACAUGUAAAUACAGUGGGGUGAUUUAUCCAUCUGGGAAGACUGUGGAGUCAAACUGUAAAACAUGCACUUGCAGAGGAGGCCAUUGGGACUGUGAAGGUGACCCAUGCCCAGGAGUGUGUGAAGUGUUUGGCAAUGGACAAUAUAAGACCUUUGAUUCCAAAUGGUAUCGAUUUGAUGGUCACUGUCAGUACACUCUGGUUGAAGAUAAAGACCCUAAUGGGCUGUUUUCCAUUAAAGCAGAGAGUGUGCCUUGCUGUGAUAAUGCUCUAACGUGUUCCCGGGCCAUUUCAGUGAAACUCAAGAAUGAAGUGACUCUAAUCCUUCGUGAUAUGAAUGUAACUGAAAAUCUCAAUGAAGGGUUGAACUUCAGUUCUCCUUCACUGUACUCUGUCCACACUGUGGGCCUGUACAUCAUUAUCUCUGUGACAGAACUGGACUUCACCAUUAUUUGGGACAAGCAAACCAGAUUAAAAAUUGAGUUGCAGCCCAGAUGGAAUGGUAAAGUGCGUGGACUGUGCGGUGAUUUUGAUGGGCAAUUAAUAAAUGACCUGAUGACGAGCAGCUCCACUGUAGUGUUCAGCACACUGGAGUUUGGGAACAGCUGGAAGACAGCUGGGCCUCCCUGUUCGGAUGUGACCCAGGAACUGUUUCCCUGUGAACAUCACUCAUACUGUGCUGCUUGGGCAGAGAGACGAUGCAUGAUUCUACGCAGUGACACAUUUAAAGCCUGCCAUCUAAAGGUUGAUCCAGCACCUUAUUAUCAGGCCUGUGUUCUGGAGUCAUGCUCCUGUGAUUUUGAGGGCAAAUUCCUGGGAUUCUGCACAGCUGUGGCAACAUAUGCUGAUGCCUGUACAAACCAAAAUGUUUGUAUCAAAUGGAGGACUCCUGACCUGUGCCCUAUCUAUUGUGACUAUUAUAAUGAAGAGGGUCAGUGCAGCUGGCAUUAUGAAGCUUGUCCUCAACGAACAAACUACACUUGUGGGAAAAACAACAAAUUCUCUGGAAAACUUGAAGGUUGUUACCCAUGGUGCCCAGAUGACAAUCCAUAUUAUGAUGAGAACAGAAAAAAAUGUUCCAGUUUGAAUAAUUGCACCUGUUAUUUCAACAACACUGUGAUUGAUCCGGGCACUAGAGUGACUACACCCGGUGAAUGCUGUGAGUGUACUCAUGGCCAAAUGAUUUGUGAGAGGUGCAUAACCACAACUACAACCACAACUACUAGAACCACAACUCCAACCACAACCAGAAGCACAAGUAGGACAACAACUGGAACCACAACUCCAACCACAACCAGAAGCACAAGUAGGACAACUACAACCACAACUACUGGAACCACAACUCCAUCCACAACCAGAAGCACAAGUAGGACAACUCCAACCACAACUACUGGAACCACAACUCCAUCCACAACCAGAAGCACAAGUAGGACAACUCCAACCACAACUACUGGAACCACAACUCCAACCAGAAGCACAAGUAGGACAACUCCAACCACAACUACUGGAACCACAACUCCAUCCACAACCAGAAGCACAAGUAGGACAACUCCAACCACAACUACUGGAACCACAACUCCAACCACAACCAGAAGCACAAGUAGGACAACUCCAACCACAACUACUGGAACCACAACUCCAUUCACAACCAGAAGCACAAGUAGGACAACAACUGGAACCACAACUCCAACCACAACCAGAAGCACAAGUAGGACAACUCCAACCACAACUACUGGAACCACAACUCCAACCACAACCAGAAGCACAAGUAGAACAACUCCAACCACAACUACUGGAACCACAACUCCAACCAGAAGCACAAGUAGGACAACUCCAACCACAACUACUGGAACCACAACUCCAACCAGAAGCACAAGUAGGACAACUCCAACCACAACUACUGGAACCACAACUCCAACCACAACCAGAAGCACAAGUAGGACAACUCCAACCACAACUACUGGAACCACAACUCCAUCCACAACCAGAAGCACAAGUAGGACAACUACAACCACAACUUCUGGAACCACAACUCCAUCCACAAUCAGAAGCACAAGUAGGACAACUACAACCACAACUACUGGAACCACAACUCCAUCCACAAUCAGAAGCACAAGUAGGACAACUCCAACCACAACUCCAACCACAACCAGAAGCACAAGUAGGACAACUCCAACCACAACUACUGGAACCACAACUCCAACCACAACCAGAAGCACAAGUAGGACAACUCCAACCACAACUACUGGAACCACAACUCCAUUCACAACCAGAAGCACAAGUAGGACAACUCCAACCACAACUACUGGAACCACAACUCCAUCCACAACCAGAAGCACAAGUAGGACAACUCCAACCACAACUACUGGAACCACAACUCCAUCCACAACCAGAAGCACAAGUAGGACAACUCCAACCACAACUACUGGAACCACAACUCCAACCACAACCAGAAGCACAAGUAGGACAACUACAACCACAACUACUGGAACCACAACUCCAACCACAACCAGAAGCACAAGUAGGACAACUCCAACCACAACUACUGGAACCACAACUCCAUCCACAACCAGAAGCACAAGUAGGACAACUCCAACCACAACUACUGGAACCACAACUCCAACCACAACCAGAAGCACAAGUAGGACAACUCCAACCACAACUACUGGAACCACAACUCCAUUCACAACCAGAAGCACAAGUAGGACAACUCCAACCACAACUACUGGAACCACAACUCCAUCCACAACCAGAAGCACAAGUAGGACAACUCCAACCACAACUACUGGAACCACAACUCCAACCACAACCAGAAGCACAAGUAGGACAACUCCAACCACAACUACUGGAACCACAACUCCAUCCACAACCAGAAGCACAAGUAGGACAACUACAACCACAACUACUGGAACCACAACUCCAUCCACAAUCAGAAGCACAAGUAGGACAACUACAACCACAACUACUGGAACCACAACUCCAUCCACAAUCAGAAGCACAAGUAGGACAACUCCAACCACAACUACUGGAACCACAACUCCAUCCACAAUCAGAAGCACAAGUAGGACAACUCCAACCACAACUACUGGAACCACAACUCCAUUCACAACCAGAAGCACAAGUAGGACAACUCCAACCACAACUACUGGAACCACAACUCCAUCCACAACCAGAAGCACAAGUAGGACAACUCCAACCACAACUACUGGAACCACAACUCCAUUCACAACCAGAAGCACAAGUAGGACAACUCCAACCACAACUACUGGAACCACAACUCCAACCACAACCAGAAGCACAAGUAGGACAACUCCAACCACAACUACUGGAACCACAACUCCAUCCACAACCAGAAGCACAAGUAGGACAACUACAACCACAACUACUGGAACCACAACUCCAUCCACAAUCAGAAGCACAAGUAGGACAACUCCAACCACAACUACUGGAACCACAACUCCAUCCACAAUCAGAAGCACAAGUAGGACAACUCCAACCACAACUACUGGAACCACAACUCCAUUCACAACCAGAAGCACAAGUAGGACAACUCCAACCACAACUACUGGAACCACAACUCCAUCCACAACCAGAAGCACAAGUAGGACAACUCCAACCACAACUACUGGAACCACAACUCCAUUCACAACCAGAAGCACAAGUAGGACAACUCCAACCACAACUACUGGAACCACAACUCCAUCCACAACCAGAAGCACAAGUAGGACAACUCCAACCACAACUACUGGAACCACAACUCCAACCACAACCAGAAGCACAAGUAGGACAACUACAACCACAACUACUGGAACCACAACUCCAUCCACAACCAGAAGCACAAGUAGGACAACUACAACCACAACUACUGGAACCACAACUCCAUCCACAAUCAGAAGCACAAGUAGGACAAUUCCAACCACAACUACUGGAACCACAACUCCAUUCACAACCAGAAGCACAAGUAGGACAACUCCAACCACAACUACUGGAACCACAACUCCAUCCACAACCAGAAGCACAAGUAGGACAACUCCAACCACAACUACUGGAACCACAACUCCAACCACAACCAGAAGCACAAGUAGGACAAUUCCAACCACAACUACUGGAACCACAACUCCAUUCACAACCAGAAGCACAAGUAGGACAACUCCAACCACAACUACUGGAACCACAACUCCAUCCACAACCAGAAGCACAAGUAGGACAACUCCAACCACAACUACUGGAACCACAACUCCAUUCACAACCAGAAGCACAAGUAGGACAACUCCAACCACAACUACUGGAACCACAACUCCAUCCACAACCAGAAGCACAAGUAGGACAACUCCAACCACAACUACUGGAACCACAACUCCAACCACAACCAGAAGCACAAGUAGGACAACUCCAACCACAACUACUGGAACCACAACUCCAUCCACAACCAGAAGCACAAGUAGGACAACUACAACCACAACUACUGGAACCACAACUCCAUCCACAACCAGAAGCACAAGUAGGACAACUCCAACCACAACUACUGGAACCACAACUCCAACCACAACCAGAAGCACAAGUAGGACAACUCCAACCACAACUACUCGAACCACAACUCCAACCACAACCGGAAGCACAAGUAGGACAACUACAACCACAACUCCAACCACAGCCAGAAGCACAAGUAUGACAACUACAACCACAACUACUCGAACCUCAACUCCAUCCAUAACUGGAAGCACAAGUAGGACAACUAGAACCACAACUCCAACCACAACCAGAAGCACAAGUAUGACAACUACAACCACAACUACUCCAACCACAACUCCAACCACAACCACAACCACAACUGGAAGUACAGGAACCACAACUCCAGAAACACUAAUUAUAAAAACUCACUCAAUAGUCACCCCCUCAAAGGAACCUCAAGUGGUAAAUAUGACUACUCCCACAGUUUGUCUAUAUAAUAACAAAUCAUGGGAAAAUGGUGAUCAAUGGAUUGAGGGCUGCUACAAUUAUACUUGUGAAAUGGGUCGUAUCACUGUGACACCUGUGAUAUGUCCAACUCUGGUUAAGCCAGUGUGCCCCAGAGGAACUGAAACAUUGGUAAUGGAUAAGCAAGGCUGUUGUAAAAGCUGGCAAUGUGUCUGUCAAUGUGAUGUCUAUGGAGACCCGCAUUAUACUACCUUUGAUGGGAUACACUUUAAUUUCCUAGAAAACUGUACAUAUAUUUUGGUGGAGGAAAGGACUCCACAUCACCAUCUUAGAAUCAGUGUUGACAAUUAUUACUGUGAGCCAUUUGCUUCUUGUGCCAAGGGUGUCAUUGUGAAGUACCGUAACAGCACAGCAAAACUUGAAGUUGCUAACAAAAUAGUAGAAGUUACUCUGAAUAAUGCAAAAAUCAUCCCACCUUAUGAAGCAGAUGGACUUAGGUUUGAGAAUAUAAAUAACAAGGUGUGCAUUCACAUUAAAGAGAUUCGCUCAAACAUUUCUCUCACUUCAAAAAAUACACUCCAAGUCAAUCUAGGAAUGGAGCAUUUCCUUAAUAACACACAGGGACAAUGUGGUGUUUGUGGAGGUUCCUCAUGCAUGCGUAGGAAUGGUUCAGUUGAGAGUGUGAACUGCUGCGAUAAGACUGCAUAUGAGUGGAUAGAGGAUGAUCCACAGAAACCUUACUGUAAGCAGGCCCCUCGGGUUGUCCCCUGUUCUCCACAAGUUACUAAAGUACCACCGUGCCACGCACCUCUUUGUGAGGUUCUCAGACAUAAAGUGUUUAAUAACUGCAAUUCGGACAUUGUGGAGACCCUAGUGAGUAACUGCAAGUUUGAUUACUGUGUGGCCAAAAACAAUGAAACUGUGUGCUCCCCACUAGAGCAUCUAGCAGAUCACUGCAAUAAGAAGGGCUUCUGUGUACCCUGGAGAAAUCUCACCAAUGGCAUUUGUGACAUUACUUGUCCUAAAGGAAUGAUUUUUGAUGAAUGCCGGAGAACUCCAGUUGACGUCUGUUAUGGCAGUAUGCGCGUUCCCGGGAAAGUUUUGGAUACAACAAUGUCUGGCUGUUUCUGCCCAGACAAUCAGCUACUUGCUGACCAAUACAAACCGAUCUGUGUAUCUACAUGCACCAACUGUAAAGACCCACUGGGAUCACCCAUGCCGACUGGGGCAAUAUGGGAGUCAAAUUGUCACAUGUGCACAUGCAAUAAUCAGACUCUGACAGAAGAAUGCUGGCCAAAACCUCCACGUCCAACUCCCAUAUGCGGUCCUGGCUUUGCUCUCAUCCCUGACUGCUGCAACAAUUCAAUAUGCGUUGAGAAGACUUGUGAAUACAAUAGAACAACAUAUAAGGUGGGUAAAACAUGGAGGGACCCCAUGAAACCCUGUCUAACAUAUCGCUGUACAAGUGAAGGCACUGAAAUAGAGCAGACUGUGUGUCCAGAACAGAUUUGUCCUGAGGAACUCAGAGUUUGGGAUGAGCAUCAAUGCUGCUAUUCAUGCAACACAACGUGUGGAGUCAGAUUGUCCAGAAUGACUUUUGAGAACUGCACCCAGGAGUUAAUGCUGCCCACCUGUGAAGGCAACUGUACAUCAGGCUCCCUGUGGGUAAGGUCUGGGAAUGAUUUGCAGCAUAAUCAGUCCUGCUGCAGAGAGAAAGACUAUGAGAUGAAAACGAUUCAUCUGGAUUGCAGUGGAGCUGCAGUUACAGAAUACACCUACAAACACAUCAGUAGGUGUGAGUGUCAGCAUGAAAACCUGCAACCUGAAAAAAAACCCUGAAAGAUUAGCAGCGCCACCAUAAUGGUCAUAUAACCUGGUGUUUACAAUUACAGUUAUACAUAUACCUGUGGUGUAAUUUGAUUUGCAUGACUUGUUUUUUUUUUUAAUGAUCAGUGCAUGGUGAUUGUGGGUUUGAGUACAUUUUCCUCUUUUUUUGGCAAUAUCUUGUGUUUUCUGCAUUCUACUGUGAAUGUUCAGUGCCAAAAACCAACAUGGAUUCCUUGUGAGAUUUUAGAUUUCUUUCAUUACAUUUUCCAAGUCCAGGAUUAAACAGUAAAAUCGAAGAAUAUCAAGUCUAAAUGGAAAUGUAAUAUUGUUAUCAAAAGUCCUUGACUAUUUGCUUUUUUCUUUCUUUUCAAGAAUAUGGGUAAAUAAUCAUCUAUAUCCCCUUAAUGACGUAUUUAUACGAUAUAAUCAGUAAAUAAAGAUAUGCAAAGUAUUGUGUGCUUAUUUCAUUUUCUGUUCGACAUUUUAAAAUAUAUAUG